AUGGAUAUAAGUACUACUACUACAAGUAGUAAUACAAAUACUCCCAUUAUAUUAAAUAAAAAAAAAACUAGACCUAAAAUUUCUGAUGUUAGACCCUAUUUUAAACAAAAAACUAUUAAUGAUAAGGAAGUAAUUUGUGAUUUUUGCAAAAGCCUAUUUAGUAAAACUACUGCUACUAGUACCUUGUACAAGUAUCUUAAUUCUCAACAUUCAGGUUGGAAUACAAAAAAUCUAGAAUCAAAGCAACAACUUCUUAUAUUUAUAUCUGAAACUACAAUUUCGAGACAAACCCUAACAUUAGCUCAAAAAACUCAUUUCAAUAUGUUAAUUACUGAAUGGAUUAUAUUAAAUACCUUACCUUUUUCUAUUGUUUCAAGCAAAUUAUUUGCUAAAAUGCUUCAAUAUCUUAAUAUUAAUAUUGACUUACUAUCAUAUAAAACUAUAAAAUCUACUAUUCAAAAGAUAGAUAAUGAGUGGAAGCUUAAAAAAAUCUUACUUGAUAUUUGUAUGCUUCCUCAUCCACAUACUGGUAAAGAGAUUAAUGAAUGGUUAUGCUCUAUUCUUGCAACUUUUAAUAUUACUAGCAAAGUUUUUUAUGCUACUACUGAUAGAGGUUCUAAUAUAAUUUUAGCAAUGCAAUUAUUAAAAGGGAAUUUAGUCUUAAAAAAUAAUUUUCAUUUUCAUUCUUAUCGUUGCCUAGCUCAUAUAUUAAACCUUAUUGUUACAGCUAGUUUAUUACCUAUUAAAUUAUCAAUUAAAAAAGUACGUAACUUUGUUAAUAUUAUUUCAUCAUUAUCAUCUAUAACUCAGAAUUUUAAAGAACUUAAACAAUCAAUCAGUGAAAGUGAAGCAAUUCGUAAAAUUCUACAAGAUGUCUCAACUCAGUAG